CGGACGAUUACGAAUCUGUUCGUCCGUUUUUGAUAUCACAUAAGAAGCAAGAAAUAUUAGACCUAAGUUUUGGUUGAAUAGUUUCAUCGGUUAUCGACAUGGAAGACGCUAGUCCUUUGCCGUCGAGACCGACUGUUGAAGUAUCGCAGCAAGUGCUUACCAUCACUGGGAUCUUCCUCACCAUCGUCGCUGCUGCUUCGACUUUGGGAAACGGAUCCUUUAUUGCAGUGCUGGUGCGCAGCCGAGGCUUCCGUCGCGAUGCUCAUCUCAUUUUGCUGAUGAGCAUGGCCUCAUGUGACCUCGGAGUAUCGUUCUUCGGCUAUCCGUUCAACAUAAUUUCGUGCUUUUCGGGCACUUGGGUCUUUGGCGAUUUCUUUUGCAAAUUUUACGCAUUCACGUGCUUCACGUUGGCUAUGAUUUCCGCCAACACGCUGGUGAUUGUAUCCAUAUUUCGUUACAUCAUCAUCUGCAGGCCCCAAAGCAAGCAUCGCUUGACUCCGCGACUCAGCUGCAUUUGCAUCGUGUUCACCGUCGGCUACGCUUUAAUAUUCACCAUGUCUCCGUUGUUCGGCUGGUCGGCGUACACGUACGAACCCUUCGGCGCAUCGUGUUCCUUUGACUGGUAUGACCAGAGCAACAACGGACUAAGUUAUUCAAUUUCGGCCACCAUUUGUUGCUAUGUCGUUCAUCUAUCCAUCAUGAGCGUAUGUUAUCACAAGAUUUACAAGCGUGUUUCGCAAUUGAAACUGGAUCCGCUCACUCCGCCAUUGUCUUCCGAUUUGCUCAAUGAAGAGGAGGACAAAUCGUGUUUGAGUCGCAUUUGCUUUGAUGCAGCCCUGAAUUUUGAAUUCGACCAUCUGAAUCAACACAGGAAUCAAAGGACUUACAAGGUUGAAAUACAAGUUCUUAAGCUGAACGUGUUAAUGGUGCUAACGUUCUUCAUCAUUUGGUCUCCCUACGCCAUCAUGUCAUUUGUUUCCAUCUAUCAUCCGGACUUGCCGACUUUCUGGUACAUUUUCCCGACGGUCUUCGCCAAAAUGUCUUGCAUGAUGAAUCCUCUUCUAUACGGGCUGACCAACGCUUCACUGCGUCGUGAAUUGCGUCAUUUGUGGCAAGACAUGUGCUGCCGGAGGAAAACCAACGUCGGGGACCGUCACUGCCGUUACCGCCAUCGCAGAGACACGAAAGACGGCGAGAUUGACCGGCCGACGUACGACAAGGAAGGAAUGUACCUGGGCAAAGUGAACCAGGGCACUUGCAUGUGCUCCGGAUGCGUCGAAUCGCGUAGAGAGGUCGAGAUGCUGAUCCGGCUGCAGACGCAACGCUCACGGGACUCGGAGUACAACGCAACAGUCGUUAGCGUAUCCAAGGAAGAAGCGCAGUUGCACGACGUGCAGAAAACGAAGGACGACCUCACGGUUUAAGAUUGAUCAGCAUUCCGACUAUACGAGCUGUCUUUGUAUCAAUGCCCGUCGGGAUCGAAAUUCACGUGGAUUUCUCGAGGGAAAUAAGGCACGUUCAACACGUAACGUGAAAGACGUUCAUGCUUGUAAAAAAAAAAACAUUACAGUUUCUGAUGUUCACGUAAAAAAAAGGAAAUAGCCAUUACUAUCGUUCUUCAUUUAAAACAAUUUCAUUCCCUUUGUCUCGCACUUCGUACUUUGAUUUUGAUAAUCAUGGCGUUUAUGUUAUACGCAGGGUAUGCAAGCGAAACGUGGCAAGAAAAAGCGAGCUAUAUUUUCACAAUUUUGUGUUGCAUCAGCUGCUUGUCAUAAUAUUAUUUGCUAAAAAUAAUAACACGACAUCAUGCUAGUGUAAUUAACAAGUCGUUAUAAAAUGUUGCUGUUUUUCUUCUUCUAUGUCUCUCCAAUCGUCUUUCUCUUUCAUCUGAUGUUGCCCUCUCAAUUUCCAAUUUUCUACUACGUACGUAUAUAAUAGCGUGACGAAAAUAGACCCCCAUCGUAUUUUGUUUUUUCCUUGUUCGAAAAAGAAGGGCCAAAGUGUGUUGCACACAUAUUCUCAUCCCAAUCUAGGUUUACUAUGAAGCCCCUCAGUUGGGACCAAGUUUCCCGUGACGGUCCCAUACAUAAACUGUAUAUUUACGUCUUAAUGGUGUGCAACAUUCGCAACGCAAACCACGCUGACAAUGUUGACAUUUGGUGCGCGUGAACCUCGUGAUUGCGGUUUUUUUUUUAUAUAUAUAUAUUUACCUCUUCUCUCGCUAUUUUGAUUACAGUAUCCCGAUAUAUUUGCUCGUGCCCAUUUUCCCUGUUUAAUCCGCGAUUAUCCUCUGAGAAGAGAGCAAGAGCUUCAUGGGGGGUAUCUGGCUAGCCGCCCUGUACCGUUCUCCCUUGGUAAAGCAGUUCAGCUAACUGCUGUGUCAUUUCUUCCAGAUUAUUAAACAUUCUUCCUUAUGCCUCGUUAUCGAAGAGAUCACACACGUGAAUGGCGAAUUCAAGAUCUGCCGUCGCUGAUUACCAGCGUCUGCGGAAAGAUGAACUUGAUCUCUUUGCGUGUGUGUCCUUUGUACCCGUUUUUAUGUCGAUGUCUAGAGCAAGUGAAC